UAUGCUUUUACUCUGAAGUUCCGAUGGUGACCCGGAAGUAAACAAAGUUCACGUGUUAGUGCAUACAGAGAUGUCUACCGGCAGCGUAGCGAAAAAACCCAAACUAGAAUCCUUCCAGCACGAGGGCAAGGUGGACUGGAAGAAGAGGAAGGCAGAACGAAAUGAGGCUAAGAAGCAAAGAAAAGAGGCCAAGCUGGUCAAACAGUUGGAAAAGCAGAAGCAGCAAGAGGCAGAAGCCAACAGAGCAAAACUCCAGAGCCACAGCCACAAAGGGCGGACGUACACCGUGAGCGUGGCCCUGCCAGGCUCCGUCCUGGACAACGCCCAGUCGGCAGAGCUCCGCACGUACCUGGCCGGCCAGAUCGCCAGAGCCUGUGCGGUGUUCUGCGUCGAUGAGAUCAUCGUGUUCGAUGAGGAGGGAGAACACGUCACGAGUGUGGAGGGGGAAUACAAAGGUGUUGGGAAGAGGGGACAGGCUUGCCUUCAGCUUGCCAGAAUUCUCCAAUACCUAGAGUGUCCACAGUAUCUGCGCAAGUGGUUUUUCCCGAAGCAUCAAGAUUUACAAUAUGCCGGUCUGCUUAAUCCUCUUGACAGUCCUCACCACAUGAGGAUAGAUGAGGAACUGGAAUACCGGGAGGGGAUCGUCCUCGACCGGCCGACCAAACCAGGAAAAGGUUCCUUAGUCAACUGUGGAAUGAGGAAGGAGGUUCAGAUCGAUAAGCAGCUGCAGUCUGGACUACGAGUCACGGUGCAGCUCAUUAAGACACAAAACAAGGAGAGCAAGCGAUAUAAAGGUGUGGUGGUCGCCCCGCAUGUGCCCAGGACAGAAGGAGGCCUCUACUGGGGUUACAGUGUCCGCCUGGCAUCGUGCCUCAGUGACGUUUUCACAGAAGGUCCGUAUAAAGACGGGUACGAUCUGACAAUCGGCACAUCAGAGAGAGGCAACGACAUCGAUCAAACACCCCUGUCGCCAUUUAAACAUCUUCUGGUAGUUUUCGGCGGCCUGCAGGGAUUGGAAGCCAGUGUAGACGCCGACCAGAAGCUGGACGUCACUGACCCGAGUGUUUUAUUCGACCUUUACCUCAACACCUGUCCCGCACAGGGCAGCAGGACCAUUCGCACAGAGGAGGCCAUCUUAAUUUCCAUGGCAGGGCUGAGACAGAAGAUCACAGCUGCUUUCUCAGCGGCUCCCAGUGGCUCUCUGGAGGAUUUGUGACAGAAAUGAAAUGAAAAGACUUGCUGGCAGUGGUUUCGGGGCACAGAGAUUAGUCACCUCGUUUGUUUUUACCAUUCAGGAUGCAGGACUGACUGUUUUUCUUUUUUUUUUUCUUAAUUAGACUUGUUAACACUGCCUAUUGUACAGCCAACUGUUAACCUGAACAUCACACAGGAAUGUACUGUAGUGGUUUUACAAUACUUUUGGUAUAUUUCAUCCAGCAGGAUUAGCAGGUUAGCCUGAGGGCUUUAAGCUGCAUCACUGAAUCAUACACCCAAACCCAAUGUUCAGGUUUUGUUUUACAGAUAUAAAUCAGUAUCACCAACACAGCAUCAUCUGUAUUUCACUGGAUAACUCUCUAAGCCUAAUUUGUGAAAUAGUUGGCUGAGUUAGAUCAGUUGGCGUUCCUCCUAAUGUUUAUUUUUACUCUUCAGUUUUUGUCUUGUUUUUCCAGUGAUGCUACUGAUGUAUUUGUCUAUAUAAAUGCAUACACACACAUUUUAAUUUGCUUGUAUUUAUAUAUUUUUAAAAGCAUGUAUUUUCGGCGAACAGACAAUACAGAAUUUUAAUGAAUAGAAAAAAAAAAACAACAGGAUCUGCACA